UGAACGCCGGGAAACUCUAGCCAGUCUGCUCCGAGUCGUCGACGCCUUCCCUUGACUCCCGCGGUCCGCUCGUUGUGUUGCAGCCAGCAGCAGCCUCUUGUGUUUGAAAGCAAGCCACAGCGACCCGUAACAAACGAACGGACAGAGAAAUUUUCGCCUUUAGACCAAAGAUGGCGUCCAGGGGAUUCACGAAGAAGACGUCCUAUUUCACGUCGGGCGGCGGUGGCAGCGGUUUCUCGAGCUUUGGCGGGCUCGGGGGUUUCAACAUGGAGUCGGCUGAGCUGCGCCGUUUCGAGGACAAGGUCCAUCAGUUGGAGGAUGAUCUGGAAUCCGAAAGGGAGCUGCGCUCAAGGAUCGACCGCCAGCGUUCCGACCUCAGCAUGCAGCUGGUAGAGAUGAACGACCGCCUCGACGAAUCUGACACCAGCAACUUCGCCCAGGUCGAGAUGAACAGGAAGAGAGAUGGAGAGCUGGGAAAACUUCGCAAGCUGCUGGAGGAUAUCCACGUGGAGAACGAGGAAUCUUCCUCCAGCCUGCGUAAGAAGCACCAGGACAUGAUGGUGGAGAUGAACGAGCAGAUGGAGCAGAUGCAGAAGCAGAAGAACAAGCUCGAACGCGAGAAGGCAAAGAGCAACCAGGAACUGUUCGAGUCCCAAGGUACCAUCGAGAUCUUGGAAAAGGACAGGCUGGCUCAAGACAAGGCCUACGAGAAGCUAGCUAGCGAUGUAGACAGCUUCCAGUCGCGCAUGGACGACAUGAACAGGCAGCUCACCGAGUCGAAUACUGCGCGAAGCCGUCAACAGAUGGAGCUGACCGAGGCUCAGGACAAGGUGCGCGAGAUGCAGCGCUCCCACGACAUGUUGAACCAGGCCCGCAACGACCUGCAGAGGCAACUGGAUGAGGCCACCCGCAACCUGUCCGACGAGUCAAAGGCUAAGCGUACUGCCGUAGAGCAGCUGCAUAUCGUGGAGAUCGAGCUCGACUCGGUUCGCAUCCAGAUGGAAGAGGAAGUGCAGACGCGCGUCGAGAUCGAACGCAGGAUCACGAAGCUCACCGAGGAAGUGCACUCAUGGAAGUCCCGCUACGAGUCUGAGGUGACGGCCCGCUCUGACGAGGUAGAGGAGUACAGGCGUAAGAUGCAGGCUCUGCAGGCUGACUUUGAGCACCAGAUCGAAGUCAUGCAGGCCAAGCUGUCCAGCGUCGAGAAGGUUAAGAACCGCGUGCAGAGCGAACUGCAGAUCACCAUCACCGAGUUGGACCAGGCCAACAGCACGAUCGUCAUCCUGGAGAGCAAGUGCGACUCGCUCGAGAUUCAGGUUGGAGACUUGAUGCGCAAGAACGAAGAGCUUGCAGCAGAGGCGGAGAACGCGAGGAGGGAGAUGCAGAGAUGGCAGCAGGACGCCCUUCGCUACAAGGAGCAGGUGACAAAGCUGGAGGAUGCCAACAACGCCCUCAAGAACGACAACAAGAAACUCCAGAGUGAGCUUCACGACGCCAGGGAGAAGCUGAGCGCUGCCAACAAGCACGUCCAGGACCUCGAGAUGCACAUCAGUCGCCUCGAACAAGAGAACAGCGAGCUGAGCGCCGCCCUGCGGGAGGAGGAGAGCCUCCGCAAGCAGGAGGAAGUUAAGGUGAAGAAUCUGACGAUCGAGAUGACGACCAUGAGGUCCGACUACGAGAAGAGGAUCGCUAUCCUCACCGAAGAGCUCGAGGUCGUCCGCAAGCAGGCCGAGAUGGAGAUCCAGAACCUGAUCGUGCGCCUCAACGAGGCCGAAGCCAAGCUGAAGAGCGAGGUGGCUCGCCUCAAGAAGAAGUACCAGAUGGAGAUCUCAGAGCUGGAGAUGGCGCUCGAAAGUGCCAACGGCGCACGCGCAGAAGCCGAGAGAAAGGCCAAGGCGUUCGCCGCCCAGCUCAAGGACUUGCAGAGCUUGUACGAUGAGAGCCAGCACCAGCUGCAGGCUACCAUCGACCAGCUGAACGUCACCGCAAGGCGCGCACAGUCGCUGCAGACUGAGCUUGAUGACGUCAGGACCAGCUUCGAACAUGCUGUCCGUGCUAAGAAGACCCUCGAGAUUGAACUGCAGGAUUCGCACUCGCGCGUCGAGGAGCUGACGUCACAGUUCAACGGAGUGCUAGCCGUCAAGUCCAAGCUCGAGAACGAUCUCUCCAUCGCCCAGAGCGAGGCGACGCGGACGCCCGCGAUGCUGCUAAGUCCGCCCAGCGACAUCGUCGCGCAGGCCGUUGCCGACGCCACAGAAAACCAGAAGCUGGACGCCGUACGCAGGGACGCUCGAGUGGCUGAGCUCGGAGCCAUGGCCGCCCGCCUGCAGGAAGUCGAAGCCAACGCAAUGGUCGUCGCCAAGAGGCAGUUGAAGAAACUCGAGGACCGCGUCCGCGACGCCGAGGCCGAUCUCGACGAGGAACGCAAGCGCCACAUGGCGACGGACAGGCUCGUCAAGAACAGAGACAAGCGCAUCAAGGAGCUGAGCAUCGAGGUCGAGGAGUACAGCACCAAGGUCGUCGUGCUGCAGGAGACGGUGGAGAAGGUCACGGUGAAGAUCACCACGCUGAAGCGCCAGAUCGACGAGGCGGAGCAAAUGAUCACUCAGUCUAUGAACAAGGCCCGCUACUACCAGCGCCAGGUCGAGGAAGCCGAAUCCCGGGCUGAUUCAGCGGAGAGCCAGGUUUCAAUGAUGAGGAGCAAGCACCAUACCAUCAUCACCAGCGGUCGCAGGCCCAGUCUCGUCGUCGUAGACCAGCGCAGCUCGCAGCACACCACCCGCCGCGCGCGCGAAUAUUGAGACGUCGGCGCCCGUCUAUAGCUUUCCUCGUACUUCCGUGUAAAAUCUCGUUCCACCGCCAGGUGGCGGCGGCGGCGGCGUCCGGCAUCCCCGCGGCGUCGAUUUGAAGUGCGCGUGCGCGCGCGCGGACGGAUGGGUGCCCGGAUGUACGACGACGCCGCCAUCUAGCGGAGGAGUAACGUACUGCCAACGCUCGGCGUUUUUCUGACUGUGAGCCAUGGCGGAAGAUAGGCGUAUAUUAUAUGAGUAAGAGAGUAGGAUAUAGAGAGCAGGAAAGAAAGAGAGAGAGGAGCCUAAAAGAGACUCUCUCUCUCUCUGCAUGGCUGCAGUCAGGAUAAACAUGGGGCCCAGAUCCGCAAAGAGAUUUAAGUGAGAGAAGAACGCCAGAGUGUUCACACACAAAAAUUCCGCUGUUCUUCCAAACCCGUGUUUACCGAAAUAAUAUCGAAAAUAGCAACCUUUACGCGAAUCUUUACGUUUCGUUCGAAUCCUUAUGGCGUACAAUAUAAUAUAUACAAAAUAGAACUCUUUAAAUCAUCUUAAAACAGGCGUAGACAGUGGCAUGUUGUUGUUAGUUUGUUUUUUGAGUCGAGAGAUGACGUCACGCCUCCCAGCAUUGUCUCUCCUCACACCUGACACGACUGGCUUCUAAGUAGCACCCCCCCCACACACACACACCCAACAAUCACCAUCAAUAUCAGCAGCAGCAGCAGUAGUAAUCUCCACGUUGUAUUUUAUAGAGUCGAUGUGCUUUAAGAUUUCCAGAAUACUUGCGUGUAAAUGUCACAGCAGUAUAUGUAUACAUUGUUUUUGUGCGACCGUCGGGUCACGUGGUGGUGAUUUUUAUCGUCUGCCACGAAAUCCGAUAGUUCUACAGCCUUUCGCUUCGUGUAGCUCGGUGCUAAACAUCUAAUACUAGUCAUAAUUAUAAUUAUAAUAUUCAUAUUAAUUACAGUAACAACACCAACGGCAACAGCAUCAAUGACGGCAACGAUGACGAUGAUUAUAUUAAUAAUAAUAACAAUAUUGAUGAUAGCAAAAUGUUUCUGUUUUAUAAACAUCUCGACUUUUGGUCUGACUGACGAAUCACUACUGUCGUUGUAUUUAUUUGAUUUCGUAGCUUUUUGUUGUUGUUUAUCGAUGAUUUUAAUUGACUAACUAGAAACAUUUGCAUUGUGUGUGCACACACGAUUGGUAGCUCGUAACCUCGUUAGUAGCGCCCCACAUGCGAUUUACACUCGUUUCACCCCCUUCACGAUGCGAAACAUUCAACUUCCAAGAUAGGACCAGUUGCAACCUGGCAUUUCACACUCGUAUGUUCGCUUCCGUAUUUUUCGAUACACCACAACCGUUGGCGCAGCGUAUAUUGCGGAGUGAGAUUUAAGGGCCUGUCGAUGCACUUGUGUGUAUCGUAUAUGGACCGUAUGCGAGCUAAGGGGGAGAGAUGCGGUGUGAAUCGUUUGUGAUGCGUUGGCUUUUUUGUUGAUUUUAUAAUAGAAUUAAAGUGGCCACUUAUAAAAAUCUGAAAAAAAGAACUUUUACUGUUUUGAUAAGAUUUAAAUAAUCGUGUUUUCAAUGUUGAUGAACGAAAAUACACGAAACGUUGUACCGAA